AAACCAUGAAACCGCCACUCUGGAGACAUGAACGAGGACGGAGGCAAAGCAAGGAAAAGGAGUUUAGAGUUUGAAAGAGACAAUAGAAAGAGAGGAGAAAAUAUCUGAAGAGAGAGAGAGAGAGAGAGAGAGGUAUAUAGAAGUUGAGACUUCCAAGUUCAUAACAAGGAGACUUGAACGAUCACUUGGGUCUGCGCCAGGGAGUAUGGGCAACCUUUUCUGCUGUGUUCAAGUUGAUCAAUCAACAGUAGCUAUCAAGGAGAGAUUUGGGAAGUUUCAGGAUGUGCUUGAGCCAGGAUGCCAUUGCUUACCUUGGGUCCUGGGAAGCCAGGUAGCUGGGCAUCUCUCCCUUAGGUUGCAACAGUUGGACGUGCGUUGUGAGACCAAGACUAAGGACAAUGUAUUUGUGAAUGUUGUUGCAUCUAUUCAAUACCGUGCCUUGGCUGACAAGGCCAGUGAUGCUUUCUAUAAAUUAAGCAAUACAAGAACCCAAAUCCAGGCCUAUGUAUUUGAUGUGAUCAGAGCAAGCGUUCCUAAGCUGAAUCUAGAUGAUGUUUUUGAGCAAAAGAAUGAAAUUGCAAAAGCUGUAGAAGAUGAGCUUGAAAAGGCUAUGUCGGCUUAUGGGUUUGAGAUCGUGCAAACACUGAUUGUUGACAUAGAGCCUGAUGAGCAUGUGAAGCGGGCAAUGAAUGAAAUCAAUGCUGCUGCAAGGCUAAGGGUGGCAGCAAAUGAGAAGGCUGAGGCUGAGAAGAUUCUUCAAAUUAAGCGAGCUGAGGGUGAGGCCGAAUCAAAAUAUUUGUCAGGGUUGGGUAUUGCUCGUCAGCGCCAGGCUAUUGUGGAUGGUUUGAGAGACAGUGUACUAGGUUUCUCAGUCAAUGUUCCAGGGACGACUGCGAAAGACGUAAUGGACAUGGUCCUUGUUACUCAAUAUUUUGACACCAUGAAGGAGAUUGGUGCUACGUCCAAGUCAUCUGCUGUUUUUAUCCCGCAUGGACCUGGUGCUGUUCGUGAUGUUGCAACCCAAAUUCGUGAUGGACUGCUUCAGGCAACAACAUCUCAAUAGUAAUAAGGAUAAUUGCAAUGAUGUCUUGGUCUUUGUUUGAGUGAACGUUAGCAUCUCAUGUCCAUUUGCCUUUUGUGUGGUUUGUUUAACAUUCAACGGCCAGCACUUUUGCUCAUGUACUUAUGUAAUAUGUGGACUCGAUUGCGGCUUUGAAUGGCUCUGUUUUCUUAUUGUUCAAAGCAAUAGAAUUUAGCCAAUAUUUUGUCUUUUGCUUAAACACUAUAUGGAACAUUUGAUGUCCAAGAAAGCAGAAACUAGGGAUAACCUUAUUUGGUUUUUAA